AUGACUACUGAUCUGUUCCAAGCUGGCCAACAAGGAGAUCUCCACGCCGUGCAGCAGGUACUGGACCAGAACCCCGGUGCGCUGGAAUCGCAAGACGCAUACCACAAUACUGUACUUACGUACGCUGCGCAGGAAGGCCAUACGGAGCUCGUGCGUGCAUUGUUGGCUCGCAACGCGGAUCCACGAGUAUCGCACAUCAAAGUCACCCCGAAUGGAACGAAUGCCGAGUCGCUUGCGAUUUUGCGUGAAGCAGCACUGCGUAUGGAUACGGUGCAGGCGAACGCAAACACGCCCAAGUCAGACGACACCGACGACCAACACGGCGGCGCCACCGACGCAGCCCCGAUACACCUUCCUCCGCCGGAAGUUGCUCGUAUGAUCCCAUGCAAGUUCUUUCCCAACUGUCGUUACGGUGACCGCUGUGUAUUCCAGCAUCCGACGAUCACCGACGGCACAAUUCCGCCCCAGCCCAUGUUUUUCCCGAAUGGUCAACCGCUGCCUCCUGCCCCGGGCGCAUAUGGGAUGCCGCCAUUUAUGGACAUGAACGCACACAUGUUCCACCCCUACGGCCCUAAUGCCGUCCCAUUUUUCCCUCAAGCCGAGGCUGAAUCGCAGUACGCGAGCCCGAAUAUCGAGGAGAUGCAAAGGAACGGCCAGGACCUGCCUGAUAGUGUCGCCACCAGUGUCGAUUCGCUGCCUUCGCAGCCAGACGCUGAGUCGAACUCUUCCGCUAGCGCACGCAGCCAGCGCGGCACAAGCAAGACCCGCUCGAACAAGACCCGCAACGACGCUUUGGGUGCACGCGCAAACUCCGGCGUUCGUCCCGCUUGUGCAUUUUUCGCACGUGCGGCGUGCCGCUAUGGAAACGACUGCCGCUUCCCACACAUACUUGCAGAUGGCGUUGAUGCACGCGCUGCGCAGGAGCCACGCAAGUUGCAAGACGGCCGCCGCGGUGCGAAUGCGGCAAAUACCCCCGCUCCCGAUGCACCUGAUGCUUUGUCUGUCGGCGCAAAGAAGGGCGGCAAUACACGCAACGCAAACCGUACCGCGGGAGCGCGCGCAAAGAACACGCGCCGCGGCACUGCGCCGCAGAGUCACAAGACGUUCCAGCGUGUGCCGCAGAGCGAUGAAUUUCCUGCAUUGCCUGGCGGCGUGCAGAGUGAUCCAAGCGAUUCAAGCGACGCGGCCAAGGGCAGCAACAAGGUCAACUUUUCCGCAAUUCUGAGCGCACCUGCACCGCCCAAGGCGCAGACGCCCAUGCUGGAGGGUGUGCAGGAGACGUCUCCCGCCUCGGAUUCUUCCAAAGACUUUGCGUCUGUCCUAGCUACACAAUCUAGCGCCGUGGCUGUAUAA